AUGAAGGAGCUGAAGGGCUAUCUGACAGAAGGUCUGCUGCAGGUCACCAUCCUCUUGAGCCUGGUCGGGGUAAGGGUGGAUUUCGACUCGUACCUGCCCCCCAUCCGGGAGAUCAUCCUGGGGAGCAGCUCUGCCUAUUCCCAGAUCCCCUUCCACAGCUUGCGGGACACUUGGGAAGGCUCCAGCCUGCACCCUAAGAGCCCGGACCUGGACUCCUUCUUCACUGCCCGGAGGCUGCUGGACGAGGUGAGGGCGCUGGGGGACACCCGCAUCCCCAGGACUGAGGUCAGCGCCUGGCUGGUGCAUGAAGUGCCCGGGGAUGCUGCGGAGAUUGGCUCGGUCAGUGCGCUGCACAGUGAGGAGGAGAGCGGCGGCACAGACACCCCCAGUAACAAUGCAGGCCCCAGCCAGCCACCUGCAGCAAGGAGCAGCAGCCUGCAGCCUAGGAGUCCUACCCCUCCACAGCCACACAUUGGCACAGGGGCUGCCCCCAGCCCUGGAGACUAUACCAAAGAGAAACAAGAAAACAAGCUGGGAUACAGUGCAGACUCCUAUGAUUACAACAACAUUCAGAAUGAAAAUGUGAAAGCUGGAGUAGAUGAGGAGUUAACGCUGCAACAUACAGAAGACCAUACUAGUGACACUAGAAGUACAGACUCGGCUGACAGUAACCACAUAGGAACAGAGAUUGACAGGAACACAUCGGAGCCUUCCCUCUUCUUUGAAGAAUUUAUACAGCUGCUAGCACAGACAGAAAAUGCACUCGAGGGUACAAGUGAAAAUGCUCUUCAUAGUGAUCAACCCUCCUCCAGACCAGGAAACCCAGUGGGAGAGUUGUGGCAAGAUUUCCUUUCUCUGCCUGAUUUGAAUAUUACACUGGAAGACAUCCAGUCCAUUUCCAAUAACCACAAUGCCAUCAGCCCUUCAGCACCUUAUAAUGUGGAUUUUACCGAUGCAAUAAGCCAAGACGUAUGUCUGCAGGAAGCCAUAUUUGCAUCUAGCGACAUUGCCAGGUCUAGUGAGGAUUUGACCAAUAGACCAGAUAAUUUAAUGCAUUCAAGCACUCUACCUGGAGGACCCCUAAGUACCACAAAUCUAACAGCCCUAUUCCCAACAACCGACAACAGUUCCAGAAACUUAACUAAUCAAGAUCUUCUUUCUGGUCUUGAUGAGAAUGUAUUUGAUGAAAUUAAUUUAAUGUCAUUAGCCCUGGAAGAAGGCUUUGAUCCACUGGAAGUCUCACAGUUAUUUGAAGAGCCGGACUCAGAUUCUGGACUUUCUUUGAAUUCAAGCCAUAGCCCAACAUCUGCAAGCAUAUCGGACUCGUCAUCUGUCACCUUUGGGGAGGAUGAAGGAGCAGCUGGAUACAGCAGCGACUCUGAAUCAGUCUCAUACGAUGGAUUGGAAGGAGCAGUUGGCGGAAGUUGCUCAGAAAUCAAUAAAUUUUGUCAGAUGGAUUAUCAGGACAAUACAAACUAUUGUGAUGAGGUGACUUUACACACCGUUCAUCAUAAUCAUACAUAUUAUCAGCUGUCUGAACAGUUGGAGCCCAGUCCUGAACAUCAUUACAGCUGGCCAACAAAAUCUAACAGAAUAAAAAGCCCAUGUGUUGGUGGAAUAGACAAAAGCCUCAGUCGAGACGAACGGCGGGCAAAAUCCCUAAGAAUUCCUUUCUCAGUGGACGAAAUUGUUAGCAUGCCUGUGGAGAUGUUUAACAAUAUGCUGUCCAAGCAUUACUUGACAGAGACCCAGGUGUCCGUUAUUCGAGACAUUCGGCGCAGGGGUAAAAACAAAGUUGCUGCUCAGAAUUGUCGUAAACGUAAGCUGGAUGUCAUUUUGAACCUGGAGGACAAUGUCAGUCAGCUGAAAGCACGGAAGGAAAAGCUGUUGAAAGAGCGGGCUCAGUGCAGCAAGUCCGUGAGCCACAUGAAACAGAAACUGAAUGACCUGUACCGAGAUGUGUUCAGCCGACUGCGAGACGAACAGGGCAGACCCGUCAAUCCAAGCCAGUACGCCUUGCACUGCAAUAGUGAUGGCAGCAUUAUGGUUGUCCCAAGGAGACUGUACAAAUCAGAGCAAAAGAAAGAGACACAGAAGGAAAAGAAACAAAAAUGAACCUUGACCUCCUUAAGUAAUGGUAAUGAAUAACUAAGGACUAGUGGCAGUGGUGCAAGGUGGAAUAAUAUAAUUUGUUAAACAUUUGACCAGAGCAUAGAAAUCAAAGUGGUGUUGUUUGUUCAGAUGUUGGCUAUACAUUAUUAAUGGUCCUCUAAAAACACAAAGAAGCUGCUUUUACCUUACUAUCCUGGCUAUAUACUUGUACAGACCUCCAUGUAUGCCAUAAAUUAAUAUCUGCUGUUCUACGUCAUGCAGCUUACUUAGUUACCUUCAUAUGUAUGAAUACAACAUAUGAUAGAAUCUAGAUGCAAAAAAUAGAAAACGUAAAAAAAUUGGGGGCCAAUUUUCUGGUAAAAUUGGAUAUUUUUUCAGGUUUGUUUUUGUUUUAGUUUUUUUUAAAUGAAAGCAUAUUGAGAAAAUGGACAUUUGGCAAAUCGAUGGAAGACCUUGCCACCGAAAAAGAACGUAAUUGUUAAAAUACAAAGUGACCUUAGAUUUAGUCUGUCGCACUGGAGCACAUUUUGCAAUUUGUAGCUUAAGAUGUUUUUCUUUUAUACUUUAGUUGAGUACAUUGUGGUGUAUUUUAUUUUUAUUUAUACAUGUGGUCUUUUUACUGAUCUAUAAAUUAUGGUUUGUACUUGUUCUAUCCAGACUUUUUGAAGAGGUCUUGGUGGCUGAUCACGAUUUAUUUUCAUAUAUUUAUGACUAUCAUUUUGGCAAGCUGGAGUUGCUGACUUUAUAUUAUCUUAUAUGUAAUUUCUCCAGUGUACAUGUUUUCAGACAGAGUAUUGUUUUUUUACCAUGGAGAUAUUUGCUAAAAAAAAAAAAAAAAAUGAGUUCAUUUACAAUAAUGUUAUUUUGCAUUUAUACUACAGGGAUAGAACACUUUUUUUUUCUCCUAGACAUCCAUUCAUAAUUUUUACGUUAUGUUUAAAUGGUAUGUCCCAGUUUGAACAAUCAACCAUAAUAUUGCCUACUUGCCCCACUGUAGUAAGUAGUGGUCCAGGCUGGCUGCUAACCUCCCCACACCUCAUAUUGCCUGAGGACUCUUUCCAAGAUUGUAAUAAGAAGUUUAAAUGACACUACAGCAAAUUGGUCUUAUUACAAGCGGCUCCCAGCUUAAGGUAAUGGAAAGAGUUAAACACAUUUUAUUAAGGGGCGUUCCAAAAAUGCACACUACUUUUUUAAGUGUGUUUUUUUGCCAUGUCAGAGACAUUUUGUUUUGUAACCUUAGUCUGCAAGUUAUCAUUUUUGUGAAGAGGCAUAUAUCACUGCAACAGUUUCAAUAUACUGUAUGCUUAUAGAAUAUAUAUAUUUAAAUCCUGUUUAAGCCAUUUAAAUGCGAGACAAUAAUAUCAAACAACACAAACUAUUUCAAUACUAAAGUAAUGCCUUGAUUUAUACAAGCAAACUAUCAACACCCACAUUUGAUUAAUGUUUAACAACAUUAAGGGGAAUUUCUAACUUAUAGAUAAUACAAUGUGUAGUAUUGUGGGCAUUGUUAUUAUUUGCCUAUAUCAGUUUAUAAUAUAACAAGCAUUGAAUUUAUACAAGCUGACUUUGUGAAACGUUGUCUUAUCGAGACGCAGUUAAAAUGCCGGCUGUCGGGAUCCCGGCGUUCAGGAUACAGACGCUGAAAUCCCGACAGCUGACAGACUGAAUCCCGGCGCACCGAGGCUAUUCCCACUCGUGGGUGCCCACCACACCUAUAGAGUGGAAAUAGAUCCUGUGGUGAGCUACUGAGGCCACAGUGUGGCGAGCGCAGCAGCCCUACAAGGGGACUCUUAGCGCUCGCCCCGUUGCCGGCAUUCUGGCGGAUGGGAUGCAGGAUAUUGACAGCCAGCAUCCCGCCCGCCGAUAUAACGUAUGUAACCCGUCUUAUCUCUCAACCUAUCCCAUUCUGCAGAGCUCUUUAAAAAAAGGUAUAAUGGUUCCCAGUCUGUGUAUUUCUGCAAUCCGCCUGUUUUGAACAGCAGUAGGCUUGUGUGUGCAGGAUUUGGGGAGGAGCAUGAGACAAAAUGGCAAUGACAUGUUGCUAAUAAAGACCAAGGAGAACAUGUAUUGUUUUGACAAUGCCAAAAGUAUUUCAAAAGUUUCAUGAUAGUUUGCUGUAGUCCGGCACAUCAUGCGUCUGUGUGUGACGAGAGAGUACUGCAGCUACUGGUAUACCAAAAAAUUCAACCUAUCAGCUGAUGGCUAUUGUGUGCUAAUAAUUUGCCAUCUGUAUACUCACAUCUAUACGUAAAUAUCUUAAACCAAAGUAUAAAUGUUUUAUGUGUUUGUGAAAGCUAAAAGUGCUCUUUCAUAUAGGAACUACAGUAUGUGUAGUUUAGCUACUGUUUUCCUAUUUAUGUGGCAUUCGCCCAGAGCUGUUUUAUAGCUUUAUAAUUUGACUCAUUUCAGAUUCAUGGUUACCAAUAUGUGUUCUGUUUAUUUGAUUGCGCAGUAUUUGUCUCCACCUGUUUUUUUACUUCAUUUCUGUAUGACUUAAAUUGAAACAAAAUAAAUGGGGAUUGGCAGACAGCUCUAAACUUGAUACUUUUUACCCAGUUUGCAGUUGUGCAACACUUUACACCUGUAUUGUUAAAUAGAUUAUUAAACUAAAUAAAACUUAAGGUGCCCAUACACUAGUGCAAUUUGGGCCCUUUUCAUCCGAUUCCGAUGCAUCGGGCCAAGAAAUCGGAUGAAAAGUGUCAAAUCGCAUGUGUGUUUACCUCCGAUUCCGAUCCGUGGUCCCGUGCGCAUUGGAUCAGAGAUGAUAAUCGCAAGGGCUGCACUAUAGAUUUAUCGGAACCAGCAGCCUUGGCUGGGAAGGACUGCGUACAAUGGGGGUCAUUCCGAGUUGAUCGGUAGCUGAAAAUGUUCGCUGCACAGCGAUGAUGCAAAAAAAUGCCACUUAUGCAUAUGCGGCGCAAUGCGCACGCGCGUCGUACUUUCACAGUGGCUGAUGUAGUUUCACACAAGGUCUAGCGAAGCUUUUCAGUCACACUAGUUGCCGCAGAGUGAUUGACAUGAAGUGGGCGUUUCUGGGUGUCAACUGACCGAUUUCAGGGAGUGAUCAGAAAAACGCAGGCGUUCCAGGAAAAACGCAGGCGUGGCUGGGCAAACAUAGGGCAUGUUUGUGACGUCAAAACAGGAACUGAACAGUCUGAAGUCAUCGCAAGCACUGAGUAGGUCUGAAGCUAAUCUGAAACUGCACAUUUUUUUUCGUAAUCGCUCUGCGUUCCUUUCGUUCGCACUUCUGCUAAGCUAAAAUACACUCCCAGUGGGCGGCGGCAUAGCGUUUGCACGGCUGCUAAAAACUGCUAGCGAGCAAUCAACUCGGAAUGACCCACCAUGUAUCGUUUGCCAUGCCGGCCGGGAAGCUGCCGGGCAGUUCAAGGGAGAUCGUAUGCGACUUCUCCCCUCGGAGAAGUCACAGUAGUGUAUGGGGACCUUAGACUCUUCCUCUAGGAUAAAGCUUUGUGGUUAUCUAGUAAUAAAAAAAUAAAGCAUACUCUUUAUAGGCUACGAAAAUAAAACCUAUGUAAUCCUGUACUGAGCUAGCCUUAAGGCAUGCUUAUAUAAAUAAGGAUUUGUCAGUGCAUGGUUUUGUGUGGUGGGACAAAUGUCUCUUUUACAUAUCAGUAAUUACAUAAUACUCACAAUUGAAAAGAACUAACCUAUAUAAUAACAUUUCAAGUCAGACAUAUUGUAGCCAGUAACUGACAGUGAUUAUCAAUAUGUACUCCUUACCUAGAAUGCCAAGGCUGCUUGGUAAUUUAGAUACAAUUAAUAGUACAAAAGGAAGUGAGUUAUUUUUUGUAGAAUAAGAGAAACAAGGAAUCUAGGGGUAGAUUUACUAAAAUGUCCAAGUAGCAAACGUGGUAGUGUUGCCUGUAGCAUCCAGUUACUUUCUAGCUCAUUUUCCAGAAUGUACUAGACGUUAUAGCUAUAGUCUGAUUGCUUGCUACAAGCAAUGUUUCUUUUUGGAAUAUUUAAUAAAUCUACCCUCUAAUACAGUGGUUCCCAAACUUUCUUGAAUCAUGGCACCCUAGAACCGGCUUUCCCAACCGCAGUCCUGAAGACACACUUAACACUGCAGGUUUUAGUGAUAUCCCUGCUUGAGCACAGGUGACUUAAUUAGUCAUUUUGAUUGAACUGUCUGUGCUGAAGCCUGGAUAUCACUAAAACCCGCAUUGUUAGUGUGCUUUGAGGACCAAUGUUUGGAAUGCCUGCCCUAGAGUAUCAGCAAUUUUAUCACGGUGCCCCUAGGAUAAAAGUUUUUAUUGAUAUAUUUGUAAAAAACACUAUUACAUUAAGUAAAUUGUGCCUACCAGUCAUCCUUAGGGUCAGUUAUGUGGUGGUGCACAGAAUUAUUCUUCUGAUUUUCACAUGCUUUAUGAUUGACAGCCACAUGCACUAGUUUUGCUUAUCACUUUGACCAUUAAUAAUUUGAUUCUGUCCUGGACCACCAACCCGAGGCACCUGUGCAAAAGCCUUGUGACAGCUGUGCCCCCCUGGGUGCCUAGGCAAACAGUUUGGGAACCACUGCUCUAAUCAUUAAAGUCAUAGUAGCAGAAAUGUGAUGUUGUCAAUUAAGCAUCAUGUUAAAUCCUGUUUAAACUGUGUACUGAUGUUCAGAUAGUGCCUCAAAUUUUUGUCCUAAAGCGGUUAUCCAUUUACUGACUGGCAACGCCAAAAUUUGUGUUUUUAUUUUGUUUGUUUUUUCUCUUUUUUUGUUGUUAUCCAAGCAUCAGAAAAGACUUACAACUUUACAGUGCAUCUGGAAAGUAUUCA